GAAAUAUGACACAUGUCAUUUGAACGUGAUUUUUUACAUGCGUUGAACCACUUUUAAAACUUUUUAAACAUAUUCCGUCAUGGAAUUCACUAUGAGAUUGCGGAAGACUGCCUCUAGAAACAAAACCGAGGAAAUAAACGCAAACAAUAACAAAAUUAUCAAGAAAAGAAAAAAAGCAGCUGGAUUAUUGUGUAAAAAGUGCGUGUGUUCUCCUUUACAGGUCAGCACAUUUGACUUUCCUCCAGUUUGGUUAGAAUUGAGGAAUAAUUCCCAGCUUUGCGAUGGGGUUGUGAAGUGUGAAGACGGCACCGAGUUCAAAAUACACCGUGCAAUUUUGGCCGCCGUUAGUCCCUACUUCAAGGCUCUUUUCACGAAUUCCAUUAACAGGGACCCAGCUGAGGCAACUGAGGCGAAAAUGAACAUAAACGGCGAGAUAUUCCAAAUUUUCCUAGACUAUGCAUACACUGGCAACUGCAUUAUCAACAAAACCAACGUGAGAGGACUAUUGAAAUACGCAGAUCAAUACCAAAUUCUGGACAUAGUACAGUUAUGCUGCAACUUCCUCAUAGAAGAACUCGCUCCUUCGAAUUGCUUGGAAAUUCUGAAAUUCGCAUCCCAGUAUUUCUGCAAAGACUUGAUUGAACGGGGAAGACUAUACGUGAAACAUAAUUUUCCGAAACUACUCAAGGAUAGUUACGAGUUUUACAAUAUCUCUGUUCAGCAUUUAGAGGAAAUCCUCAGAGACGAUGAACUGAACGUAAAAACGGAUGAGACCGUAUUCGAAGCAAUUAAAAUGUGGAUUAAUUAUUCACCUAUCAGGAGGAAAAUUCACUUGCUGACUCUCAUCAAGUGUAUAAGACUGGGGACUUUAACAUACGACAGUGUACAGGAAAUGUCCAAGUGGCACUUGAUCGAAGAAAACAUCGAGUGUAAAGAGUACUUGCGAGAUAUCUUGACCGUAUUAGGUGGCUUAGGUCAAGAAGACGACGUAGAUUAUAUCAAUAAUUAUCUUUUCCGACCGAGAAUUCCGUUUGGAGUUCUAUUUGCUGUUGGAGGAUGGAGCGCUGGUAGUCCGACGAACUUUCUGGAAACUUACGAUAGCCGGGCGGACAAAUGGUUAUUUUCAGUAGACACAGAUUCUUCGCCGAGAGCUUAUCAUGGCUUAUGUAAUUUGAACGGCAUGAUCUACAUGAUAGGUUC